AUGGACACUGAUGACACAAUGGACUAUGACAAGGUAAAAACUGCUGUAUUGGAAAAGUUUGAAAUAAGUACUGAGACCUACAGAUCGAGGUUUCGGUCCACGACGGUGAAGGAAGAUGAGACACCCAAGGAGCUGCGAACACACCUUAAAGACCUGUAUGAAGAGUGGAUGGUUCCAAAGGAAAAGACACGAGAGCAAAUAGGAGAUGUCGUCGUGCUGGAGCACUUUCUGAGAGUUCUCAGCCCAGAUCUUCAAACCUGGGUUAAAGAGCGCAACCCCUCCACUUCAAAAGAAGCUGCAGAGAUUGCAGAGGCUUUCCUUGCAGCUCGUCGCCCACAAAAAGGGGUUCCAGCAAAGCUCAUGCCUGCACUCAAACAGGAGGUGGAGGAGAUGCUGGCUAGGGGGAUCAUAGAGCCUUCCAGAGGUCAACCUUACGCCUUCACCUCCUCCUCAACGGGUCAGUCUGAUUCCACCACCAUUUCCUUAAUGAUGGGUCAGUCUGAUGCCACCACCAACUCCUCCCCAAUGGGUCAGUCGGAUGCCAUCACUCCCUCUCUGAUGGUUCAGCCUUCUGCCAGCCCUAGUCCACUGCGAAGCCAACCAGCCUUUUCCAAGCCAGAGCCCUUCAGUGGGAAAGUUCCAGAGCCAGAGCCCUUUAGCAGGUUAGCCCCCAAGCCAGAGCCCUUUAGCGGGCCAUCCCCUAAGCCAGAGCCCUUUAGCGGGCCAUUCCCCAAGCCAUAG